AACAUUGCAUCUGUUUCCUGCACCAGCAGAAAUCUCCCUGCACCCCAUUCAGCACAAACACCAGCCCUCACUCCAGCCACUGCCCUUCAUUGACAGCAAUUCCUACCAAAUUAAUCAAAGUGCUUUUUCAGAGUUGCCUUCACUGGGUUUGGACAAAAGAAGAAAAUUGGUGACUACCAAUACAAAUUAGGUAACUGUGGCAGAACAAAUGGGAAGCGAAAUGAAAGGAAAAGGCCUCUUGAUUUCCUUCACACUGUUGGUUCUUGCUGGACUCGGUGAUUGUCGCCUGAAGUUAGACAGCACCACUGAGAUCAAAGGAGUGAAAGGAAGGUCUGUUCUUCUCCCAUGUGAAAUGACUGGAUUCAAUGAAAAUCUACUCGAGAUAGUUAACAUUAGCUGGCAUAAGUACCAACCGAGGGAGAUACUGGUUUAUACCGAUGGUGCUCACAUCAACAUAACAGCGAAGGAGUAUGCUGGUCGGGUCAGGCUGAAUCCUUUAUUCCAGUCCAACAUGUCUUUACUGAUCAGUGACUUGGUAAAUAACGACAGCACUCAUUACCGAUGUGAGGUUAUUUGGCAUUAUAAAGGGAUGACGAAGAAGAGGAGCCUCCAUAAAGAUAUUUUUCUCAAUCUUGAGGAAGUUCCAGUUUCCAAACCGGUGGUGAUUGAGGAGCCUGGGCCACUUGUGGUUCUUUUGGGAGACCCUUUCCAUUUGCAUUGUCAAGCUGCUAAUGGAUCUCUCCCCAUUGAAUACUAUUGGUACAAACACAAGCCGACAGACAUCCGAACAGUCCGUAAGAUGGAGAUGGGGAUGAACUAUUCCAUUGAAAGCACAAAAGCCAGGGACGGUGGGCUUUAUCAUUGUGCGGCACUCAACACUGCCAAUGGGAAGAAGCUGAAGGAACGAAGUAAUCUAGUUGAAAUCAUUGUAGCAGAGCCUCCCCCCAAACCUGUGGUUGUUGUGGACCCUCCAAUAGCUGCCCUUGUGUUUGGUCAGCCGGUUCACUUGUUCUGCACAGUGCCCGUCAUCCAACAGAACAUUCAGUACAGAUGGAGGAAGGAUAAAUUACUCCUGCAGUCCAGCAGUCACAACAGUAGCCUCCAGAACCUCACUCUUCACGGCCUAGCGGAGAAACAAAGUGUAACCUACGAGUGCAGCACCACCAGCAACGUGAAAGGACACCAGUUUGAAACAUGGAGCGACAAGGUUGAACUAUCAUUGAUGGGGGAUUCAGCAUGGGAUUCGCAGAUAUUAGUCCACAGUGCCAGUGGGGUUGGAAUCAGUCUCUUCAUCCUGUUGCUGGCAGGGCUGGCGGUUCUGUUUUUCAAAGUGCAUAGAAGAAGGAAGACAAAGCCACAAAUUAAAAGCUUGUCACGAAAUAAUUCAGAGAACCAGCAUAAAAUAUCUCGAAAUGAUGAAGACCAAAUAAACGCAAAGGCUGGAAGUAAGAGUGUUGAGCCAUACAUUGAAAGAGCCCAGGAUCUCAAAAAGGCAGCAGUGCUCCGGGAGAAAAUGGAGGCGGCAUCUUGGAAUUAUCAAUACAAUGCACUUCGGAUGAAUGAAAGCCAGAAUUACACAAGUAACCUUGUACAACCAUACGUUAUGCCAAAGCCCAAGCCAUGCAUCAAAGAAGUAGAUAAUGCAUCUUUGGAUUCAACAUAUGCUGUCCCUGCUGCCUUAUGCUUGAAUAUACCCAUGGAUACAGAUUCAGAUGAAAUCUAUGAUGUUCCACCCCGAAGAAUGUGAUGCCGAAAUGUUGCUCCCAGGAAAAAGGCAGUAGCACAAGUUUAAAGGAAGCUAAGAUCAUGAAAGCACAAACAGCUUCAGAGGCUCAAAUUGUCAUCUCAAUGUUUGAACAGGAAUCUGCAUGAAAACCCUGCCAGUUAGUAACAAGAACACUGUAUUUCAUUCUCCUUCUUGCAUUGUAUAGAUUGUCGGCUAACUCACAGCAGUUUUACAUAUUAUUUGCUUUCAAUGUACAUUGAGACUGUAUUUUGGGAUCACUGCCCAGAGAUUAAAAAGUAUGUCAAACUUGUUUGCUGACUUUUAGUAGGGAACCAGUAUAAUGUGAACAAUUAAAUGACAAAGCUAUUGGCAGCCAGUAGUCAAUUUUUCCAUUGCCAUUUUAAUUCUUUUCUUCUUUUGUUUAAAGUCAUUUUCUGUUUUUAAUUGCGUUUCCUCUGGAAAGGGAAUUAGAAAUCCAUUACAAAGUUAUUAUUUCAUCAAGAAUGCCAAGCAAAGCUUACUUCAUUAGGAAAAGCUAAGUGCAUAAUUUAAUAUUUAAUGGGCUACAUUGAGUGAAAUCUUCUUUCAAUUCUUUAAUCAAGCUGUCAUGGAUGUAGAAUAAUAAGUUUCAGAUGAGCGCAUUCACACUUUAAUAAAAAACAAGGAGCAGUUGAUCUGCCUUCCUAACGUGAUAUGGCUUUGGACAGACUUGUAACCUGGGCGGCCACGGUGGCACAGUGGUAGAGUUGCUGCCUUACAGCGAUUGCAGCGUUGGAGACCCGAGUUCAAUCCCGACUACGGGUGCUGUCUGUACAGAGUUUGUACGUUCUGCGUGGGUUUUCGCCGAAGUCUUCGGUUUCCUCCCACACUCCAAAGAUGUACAGGUUUGUACGUUAAUUGGCUUGGUGUAAAUGUAAAUCGUCCCUAGUGUGUGUAGUAUAGUGUUAAUGUGCGGGUAUCGCUGGUUGGUGCAGAUUCGGUGGGCCGAAGGGCCUGUUUCCGUGCUGUAUCUCUAAACUUAAAAACUAAACUAAACAUAGUCAACCUUCAAUACUGCUGGAUGUCCCACAACUCAACAGCAAAUGAAGCUCAUUGGGAAUACUAAUCACUGUAAUGUAAGAAUAAGCAACAAGCUCCCAAAACUGCCAGGUUGUUUUAGAAAUACAGAUUGAGAGAUAAAUGCCAUUCAGGCCACAAAGGAAAACUUCACUUCCUUCCUCUGAAACAGUACUAGGAUUUUCCAUAUCUACCCGUGGUAGAGCACUCCAUCCGCCUUUGAUGAACACUCCAUCUAAUCCCCAAGGUGACAAUGCCAGUAUACUUGCAUACUUCAUUGAGUCUACAUUUCCAAGCUCAAGUUUCCAGAGUGGGAUUUGAACUCACAAUUCUUGGAUUCGGGGAGGAAGAGGUUCACAUGUACCUCCUCUAAUGCCAUCAACUGCAUCCACAGUUCCCGAUAUGCACUCCUGUACGUAGUCGAGAAUAAACGUAGACUCGGCGACAGUUUCACUGAACACUUUUGCUUGGUCCAGCCAGGGUCGAAGGGAUCUCCCGGUUGCUAACCAUUUCAACUCCCCAUUGCCAUUGUUUUGGCAAAUUGGAUGAACAGCAUCUCAUAUUUCACUUGAGCAGUUUACAAUCCAGCAGUAUGAACUUUGAUUUCUCUAAUUUCAUAUAAGUACAUUCCCCCGUCCUGCCCCCCACCCCCAACCUAGACAUCCUACUAGUUCCACUGUUCGCAUCCCUUCAUCAUCAUCUCAUCCCCAGCCAACAAUUGGCCAUUAUCGACUCCAUCUUUCCUUGGUCAUUUGUUGCCGGCCCUGUUUUGUUCUGGCCUUUUCCUACUUCCAGUCCCCCACCGGCUUUCCUUUCAGUCUGAAGAAGGGUUCCAAACCAAAACGUCUCCUGUUCCUUUUCCCCAGAGAUGUCUCCUGACCCACUGAGUUACUCCAUCACUUUGUGUGUGUCUUCAGUUUCUUCCUAUACCACAAAAAUACAUUUCUGGUCCCAAUCCCACCACUGUUACAACUAUCUAUUGCCUUAUUACUAUCUUAAUGUUUAAGAAACAUUUAGACAGGUACAUGGAUAGGAUGGAUUUAGAGGGAUAUGGGCCAAAUGCAGGCAGAUGGCACUAGUGUAGAAGGGUCAUAUUGGGCGUCGUGGGGCAAGUUGGGCCAAAGGGCCUGUUUCCAUGCUGUUUGACUCUAGGACUACAGCUUAUCAGAGCUUCCAGAACACAAAUUGACAGACAUGUUCCUCUCAAAAGCAAAUACAUUUCUAAAGUACCUUAUUCACAAGCUUGUGGGAUCACCAGAGACUAUGUAAGGCACCCAAGUCUAGUUAUCCAAGUCUUUCUGAGCAUUCUGUGAUCAAGACCUCGUUUUACUGUUAGUCACGUUUUUGUGUAAUCUUGUCAACUGAGACUAUAAAACCGUACUGAAGUCACACUCGGCAGAUCAGCUGGCAUCCUGGUGCGCACCAGUGUGGCAAGUAACAGUAGAGUAGCUGCCUUACAGCGUCUGUACGGCGUUAGUAUGUUCUCCCCGUAACUUGUGUGGUUUUCUUUUUAUACUUCAUAUUUAGUUUUUUUAGUUUAGUGAUACAGUGCGGAAACAGGCCCUUCGGCCCACAGCAAUCCCCGCAUAUUAUCCUACACACACACACACUAGGGGCAAUUUUUUACAUUUGCCGAGCCAAUUUAUCUACAUACCUGUACGUCUUUGGAGUGUGGGAGGAAACCGAAGGUCUCAGAGAAAGUCCACGCGGUCACGGGGAGAACGUACAAACUCCGUACAGACAGCACCUGUAGUCGGGAUCGAACCUGGGUCUCCAGUGCUGCAAACACUGCAAGGCAGCAACUCUACCGCUGUGCCACCGUGCCGCCCAUGUAAAAUCUGUUACAUUACAUUACAUCUUUUUAAAACAUGAAGUAUAAAAGUUCCCUUUUAUGACAUUUGGUCCUAAUGCAUCUUAAUCCCAGUGGGUGUGCUCUGUACUUUACAUCAUUUGUAUGUCCUCCAACUUUCACAUUGAUUUCAGUCAAUAUAAAACUAUAUUACUAUUUCAUCAGCAACUCAAUAAGGCAGGCUGCACCUGACACUUAGUUCAUAACACUAAUUGCUUGACACAUUAUCUUUAUAUCGUUUGCUCAGCUGUAAAACAGUCAGGUUCCAGGUCUCAAGGGAAAGGGUCAUUGAACUGUUGGACGUAGAAGGGAAAAAUACAGAAAUAUUAUUAUGCAGUUUAAUUAAUGAUGAGGAAUUAUAACCUGUGCUUUCAUGUCAAAUACAGAACAGAUGGUUGAACUUCUGAAGAUUGGGGUCAUAUAACUGCAUUCUGCAGUUAAUUUCUAAUUCACUCGAUUCAAGGACUCAAACAUUCUACCUUUUUAAAUCUUUUUAUUAUCAAACCAACAUUUAUUCAAUUAUUCACAAUAAUAAAAUUUACAAAACAAACAUUAACAACACACCCACCACAAUUAUGCAUCACAUCACCCCCCGCGGUCCAGGAAAUCCCCCAUGGUGUCUGUGGACUCUUUUCACACAGAGAGUGGUGAAUCUCUGGAAUUCUCUGCCACAGAAGGUAGUUGAGGUUUGUUCAUUGGCUAUAUUUAAGAGGGAGUUAGAUGCGGCCCUUGUGGCUAAAGGGAUCAAGGGGUAUGGAGAGAAGGCAGGUACAGGAUACUGAGUUGGAUGAUCAGCAAUGAUCAUAUCGAAUGGCGGUGCAGGCUCGAAGGGUCGAAUGGCCUACUCCUGCACCUAUUUUCUAUGUUUCUAUGACAUCGCGUGUUUUCUAUCAAGGGACACCCGGGCACGGACGUAACCCACAGGACCUUUCCCAGGGCAACAGGUGGUGGAGCAAAUCUAUUACAACCUAAAGAAAUAUUAAGCAAAAAAUUAGUUUGGGGGCUUUAUAAUGUAAUUGUGUCCCACCUUUAAGAUGAACAACAUGAAGACACCUGUACUUUUUGUUGCUGUGUAACUAUCUGAAUAUGUUUGCAGAAGACUUUGAAUUGUGUAACUAUUACCUAUGGUAGAUAACAGCAAGACAGUUCAUGUAUAACCUGCACAUUAUAGUUGGUGAAUAUAACCCCACCUGAUAUAUUGAUGGUCAGUGGACAGUCAAAAUACCAGGGCAGCCAAUUAAAGAUGUGUUAUUACAUUCCUGGUGCUCGUUUUCAUUCUAGCAGUCCUCUCAGUGUCCAUCCAACAAAGUCUUCACUCGGGGGGUGAUGUUAUGCAAGAUGUACAACCAACACCCUCUUUUCUUUUAGACAGACACAACAUUCUGGAGUAAUUGAGCAGGUGAGGCAGCAUCUCUGGAGAAAAGAGAAUAGAUGAUGUUCUGGGUCGAGACCCUUCUUCAGACACGACCCGAAACGUCAACUUUUCUUUUUCUCUAGUGAUGCUGCCUGAACUGCUCAGUUACUCCAGCAUUGUGUGUCCAUCUUCAGUGUAAACCAGCAUCUGCAAUUCCUUCCUACACCCUCCUUUCAUCUAUAUGGAGCUUUUAUUCCAUAAUUACUAUUUAUUUAGUAUUUAUCAAAACUGCUUUACUUGCAGUUUGCAAACAACCACCAUCAAAUUACAGUAAAUCCUUGUUUUUACAGACCUCUUCAUAUAGGAUUUUGAUUCUAGCGGACUGGCCUGCUGACCUUCACUGUAAGGCUGGGCUGCCAAUGCCACUCCCAGCCAGUGCCGUCCCUCCACCGCACCCACCACUGCCGACCCUUACCUGCACACCAGUUGCCGGCGGGCCACGACCAGUGACUGCGCCCAUCCUUGUCUCUCCCCCGGCCAUCAGCUCACCUGGAUCCCAGGCCCAGUUCCAAACCGAGAGUCUGAAGAAGGGGCUGACCCGAGACGGCACCUAUCCAUGUUCGCCAGAGAU